UCCUUCCUCCUCCGAAUGCCCCCCCAGUCCGCCAAGCUCGGCCUCAAUAAGGUCUCUGAUUGGCCGGUGCCACUGUCACUCCUCCGAGGGCGGGGCGAGAGGCGGGUGUGGUGGGAGGGCCCGCAGCUUCCGUGGCUGAGGGGAGCCGGCGGCGGCCGUGUCUGUGGUGGCUCAGGCGGCGGCGGGAGCGACGGUCCCACCCUCCCCGCUCCCUCGGUUGCACUCGCUACACGCCCUCUACUCGCGCAGACUUCUCUCAGCUCCACGUACCCUGACUGGACGUUGAGCCUCUGGAGGAAACGCGAGCGGCUGGCGCCGGAGCGGGGCGAGCCGCGGAUCCCGGGCCGGGAGGAGAGCGCGGCGGUUGCCAUCACGAAAGCCAAAGUGGAUUUCUCCAGUGUGGUGUGCCUGCCCCCUUCCGUCAUUGCUGUGAAUGGGCUGGACGGAGGAGGGGCUGGCGAAAAUGAUGAUGAACCUGUGCUCGUGUCCCUGUCUGCGGCCCCCAGCCCCCAGAGCGAAGCUGUUGCCAAUGAACUACAGGAGCUUUCCCUGCAGCCCGAGCUGACCCUGGGCCUUCACCCUGGCAGAAAUCCCAACUUGCCUCCACUUAGUGAGCGGAAAAAUGUACUGCAGUUGAAGCUCCAGCAGCGCCGGACCCGGGAAGAACUGGUGAGCCAAGGGAUCAUGCCACCUUUGAAAAGUCCAGCUGCAUUUCAUGAGCAGAGAAGGAGUUUGGAGCGGGCCAGGACAGAGGACUAUCUGAAACGGAAGAUUCGCUCCCGGCCGGAGAGAUCUGAGCUGGUCAGGAUGCACAUUUUGGAAGAGACUUCGGCCGAGCCUUCCCUCCAGGCCAAGCAGUUGAAGCUGAAGAGAGCCAGACUAGCUGAUGACCUCAACGAAAAGAUUGCACAGAGGCCUGGCCCCAUGGAGCUGGUGGAGAAGAACAUCCUGCCUGUUGAGUCCAGCCUGAAGGAAGCCAUCAUUGUGGGCCAGGUGAAUUACCCGAAGGUAGCAGACAGCUCUUCCUUUGAUGAGGACAGCAGUGACGCCUUAUCCCCUGAGCAACCUGCCAGCCAUGAGUCCCAGGGGUCAGUGCCAUCACCCCUGGAGGCCCGAGUCAGCGAACCACUGCCCAGUGCCACUUCCAUGUCCCCCACUCAGGUUCUUUCUCAACUCCCUAUGGGCCCGGAUUCUGGAGAAACGCUUUUCUUGUCAGAGCAGCCUUCUUCUCUGCCUCCCCCGCCUCUGCUGCCCCCCAGCCUCCCCAAUGGAACUGCUGUCCCCACCGCCAAGUCCACCCCCACGCUCAUUAAGCAAAGCCAACCCAAAUCUGCCAGCGAGAAGUCACAGCGCAGCAAGAAGGCCAAGGAACUGAAGCCAAAGGUGAAGAAACUCAAGUACCAUCAGUACAUCCCGCCGGACCAAAAGCAGGACAAGGGGGCGCCUGCCAUGGACUCCUCCUAUGCCAAGAUCCUACAGCAGCAGCAGCUCUUCCUGCAGCUGCAGAUCCUCAACCAGCAGCAGCAGCAGCACUACAACUACCAGACCAUCCUGCCUGCCCCACCUAAGCCAGCAGGUGAGACUCUGGGGAGCUGUGGGGCCCCCGCAGUGCGCAGCCUCUCCACCAGCAAUGGUGGCUCCGGAUCCGGCACCCCGGGGCCUGGUGGACUGACACGUCAGAACAGCUCCCCACAGAGUGGCAAGCCAGGAGUCCUGCCGGCCAACCUAGACGACAUGAAGGUGGCAGAGCUAAAGCAGGAGCUGAAGCUGCGGUCACUGCCCGUCUCGGGCACCAAGACAGAGCUGAUUGAGCGCCUGCGAGCCUACCAAGACCAAGUCAGCCCAGCCCCUGGAGCUCCCAAGGCCUCUGCUGCCGCCUCUCUCCUGUCCAAGGCUGGUGAGGUGGUGGUCGCCUUUCCAGCGGCCCGACUGAGUGCAGGGCCAGCCCUGGUGGCAGCAGGCCUGGCCCCAGCUGAGGUGGUGGUGGCCACGGUGACCAGCAAUGGUGUGGUGAAGUUUGGCAGCACGGGUUCCACACCCCCUGUCUCCCCGACCCCCUCAGAGCGCUCACUGCUCAGUACGGGUGAUGAGAACUCCACGCCUGGGGACACCUUUGGUGAGAUGGUGACAUCGCCACUGACACAGCUCACCCUGCAGACCUCGCCACUGCAAAUCCUUGUGAAGGAGGAAGGCCCUCGCACCGCGCCCUGCUGCCUGAGUCCUGGCGUGCGUGCAGAGAUGGAGGGUCUGGACAAGGACCAGAUGCUACAGGAGAAGGACAAGCAGAUCGAGGAGCUGACCCGCAUGCUCCGGCAGAAGCAGCAGCUGGUGGAGCUGCUCCGGCUGCAGCUGGAGCAGGAGAAGCGGGCCCAGCAGCCCAGCCUGGCUCCCGUUCCCACCGCCGCCCCGCCCAGCACCCCUGUGAAGCAGGAGAAGAGCUUCUCCAGCUGCCAGCUGAGCCACCAGCCCCCAGACACCGCUCACCGCUUCAGCUCUGGCCUGCUGGCCCCCACUGCCAACCACAGAGACACUGCUGCCCCAGCCCCGGGGCCUCCAGCCGUGGUGGUGAAGCAGGAAGCCACACCGCCUGAGCCCGAGGUGGCCCCUACCCCUCAGCUGCUCCUGGGCCCACAGGGCACUGGCCUCCUCAAGGGGGUCACCCCGCCUACCCUCAUCACCGACUCCACAGGGACCCACCUUGUCCUCACUGUGACCAAUAAGAAUGCAGACAGCCCUGGCCUGCCCAGUGGGAGUCCCCUACAGCCCUUGUCCCAGCCUGGUUCUCCAGCCCCUGCUCCACCUGCCCAGAUGGAUCUGGAGCACCCACCACAGCCCCCUUUUGGGACCCCAACUUCUCUGCUGAAGAAAGAACCACCAGGUUAUGAGGAGGCUGUGACCCAGCAGCCCAAACAGCAGGAAAACAGUUCCUCCAGCCAGCAGAUGGAUGACCUGUUUGACAUCCUCAUUCAGAGUGGAGAAAUUUCAGCAGAUUUCAAGGAACCACCAUCCCUUCCAGGAAAGGAGAAGCCACCCUCAUCGGCAGCCUGCAGUUCCCCACUGGUGACACAGCCCUCUCCCUCCCCUGAGCUCCCCCAGGCUGCCCCACCUCCACCGGCCUCACCUGCUCUUCCAGGGCGCCUGGAAGACUUCCUGGAGAGCAGCACAGGGUUGCCUCUGCUGACCAGUGGGCACGAAGGGCCAGAGCCCCUUUCCCUUAUUGAUGACCUCCACAGCCAGAUGCUGAGCAGUGCUGCCAUCCUGGACCAUCCCCCCUCCCCCAUGGACACUUCAGAGUUGCACUUUGCCCCUGAGCCCAGCAGUGGUGUGGGCCUGGACCUGGCCGAUGGUCACCUGGACAGCAUGGACUGGCUGGAGCUGUCAUCAGGUGGCCCUGUGCUCAGCCUGGCCCCCCUCAGCACUGCAGCCCCUAGCCUCUUCUCCACGGACUUCCUUGAUGGCCAUGACCUGCAGCUACACUGGGAUUCCUGCUUGUAGCCUUCCAGGGCUAGGGAAGGGGCUUGAGUUGGGGAGCCAGGGAGCUGCAGCCAGCAUGGCGCUCUCUCUGGUUGAGUCUUGACAAUCACAGUCCCUGCUUUCCCCCUUCCCUGGAAGGUCGGAGCAGUUGGGCCCUACACCUGGCUUGGGCUCACCCGGGGCAGAGGUGACCUGUCAAGCAGCAGCUCUGGGUCCCAUACCAGGGCGCUGGAGGCCUGGACAGGCCCAGGGCCAUUUCAAUUCGACCUCCUUUUUGAGGUCAGAGGUGUACUGUGUGGCCACAGUUCGGCUAAGGUGGGUGAGGCCCAGCCCUCGGAAUCCUCGUCUGGUCUAGGGCUGAGCUGGGUCAAGGGCUGACUUUUCUUCCCGCUCCUACCCCUCUGCUGUGAGGGAAGAAACGAACCUGGGCUUCUGCUCCCCAUUCCGUGCGUCAGCCAGCCAGCCCCAGGGUCCCACAGCUUCCCGAGAGGGGGCUCCCUGCCAUUUUAGUGUCUUGAUAUAGUGUAAUAACCAUUUAGUGGUUGGUGGCAAAAUUGUCUGUACAGGUGUAUAUACCUCUAUAUUAUAUAUAUCAACAUACGUAUAUACAUAUAUUUUUUGGGGGGGUGGGAGGUGGGUGUGGCUCCCUCCCAGCCUGCUUUCACGUACACAUGGGUCAGGGGGGCUGCAGGGGGGGCUGGAGACAGGGUCACCCUGAGCCGUGUGCCAUGUUGCCCCGUGCCCAGCCUGGUGUGCAGCUGCCUUGACCCACCCCUCACGUGUGUUUGACAUGUAGACACCCUGCCACAGCCUGUGCCCCACCUGCCCUGCUUCCUGGCUUCUCAGUGCCAAGAGGGCAGAGGUGCUUCCUGGUCCUGCCAGGAGCUCUCCACCCACCCACAUUCCGUCCCUUUGCCUCACUGCAGCCAAUAGGGCCCUGGGACAGGGGACCUAGCCCCACCCUGAUGUGGGGUUGACAGGGGGCCACUGGCUGCCUCCUGUCCCAGGGCUGGCGGCCUCACUUCUGGCCUGAUCCAUAGGGGAAUAGGGAUGGAGUCUCCAAAACCCAUGCUGGGACAAAGGUGGGGAAGCUGUGUGAACUUUUUAAAAUAAAAACAAAA